AUGCGCUGGAUUUCCAAAUUUAGCGACCUGAAGCUUGAUAUUGUCGGUAUCAUCGCUGUGCUGGGAGAAGGAUCCAUAACUCGAAAUGCUCAAGUGACAAGCCUUUCUUGGUGGUCCACGAUACCUAGGCUGAUGCCAGCUCCACACGCCCUGCUUGAACCUGAACGGAAAUACCGACUGCCUACAGCCCCUGGGAUUGUCGCCGGGGCGUACAGCGGCUUGGUGAAAAGGGAAGUCAACUUCUUCGCUCAGUUGCUUCACCCAGAGCCUCUGGAAGAUUACCAAGUUGAGCUUGUCCAGGUCACACGAAAAGAUGUGCCUACAGCAAACUCGAAGAUACCUUGUUCAUAUGGUCCCAAGAAGUAUGGCCCCUUAUUCUGGAUUUCGGUCGUCGGAAGUGCCAUGGCCCUGGCCUUGGUCGCGCUCUCCAUCUAUUACAGCGAUGGCUUCUCCUUGCUAGCUACCAUCAUGCUGUCGCUGGUGAGCUCAUUCGUGGGAUUUGGUACCCAUUGGAGCCUGGUAUUCCAAGAAUCGAAAGUAAAAGAGAACCGGCUGGAAGUCAUACCUCGAUCAGAUGUCAUUAUCUACUAUCCCAAUGGGUCCAUUCGAGUCAUUCGGCCAAGCACCGAAAAUAUUGCCCGGCUUUAUUUUCUGACAGAGCAUGCACAAUAUGUGAUUGACGACACCCCCUAUCGUACACUGGCUCUAUUCUCGACUGUCAUGCUUAUGACAGGGGUGGUGUCUCUGGCGAAUGCAUCCAACAUACUUCAAGUCGCCUUCGCCGCAUCGUAUAUCUUGUUGAAUGUCCUCUACUGGGGUGUCUCUGCCCUAAUGCCUUACAAAUAUCAUUGGCAACAUAUAUACGAAACCGAAAUCAUCCCGAUACAACACCAGAACCAGGAACUCGACGCGCGAGUUGUCGGCGGACGGGUCGAGGAGUUCAAAAGGAGGCUCAGACACGAAUGGCGUCGAUUCCAAGAGGCUUGGAUCUUGGAGAAGCGGCGAGAUAGAGCUUCUAAAAGAGCCGAGACGGUAUUUGAGGAGAACACCUUGGCAAGAAACUUCACCGGCGCGCUGUGGACAGCCAUUGUGUUGACCGGUACGUCUCAAUGGCUGAACGAAGCAACCACCAUCGCACCCGUGAACGUUGCCUGGAAAGAGUGGCUGCGCGAAGCUGGCCUUCAAGUCCGACCGAACAUCGAGUCUGGAGAAAGUCUUGGGAGUCAUAAUGAUGAAUGGGACGGUCGAUUCAGCAUGCAUCGUCGGCCACGUAUCCUAACAGGCCUUGAUUGGAGUUUCACGCCGGCCACCAAAGAAAAUCUGGGACCUUCUGCCCGCAAGCGCCGGAUCAAGAUCAAGUCUUGGGAUUACCAAGGACGGCUUACGGCAAUCCUACGCAGGCACGCUCCCGAAACGAGACUGACUCUUGACGACGAGGUCUUGGGGGACGACGUGUCCACUGCCGCGGCAACGUCAGAGAAGGACCCUCUGAUGCCUGCUGUGACUGAGGAGGUGUGA